UAUAUAUAUUGCAGCAGGUUACUACAAUCCAUGCUACAUGCAAUUAAUUAACUAGUCUUCACUGAAUCAAAGAAGGCUAAUUUCUCAGCUAAACAAUUCGUUGUGCUAUAAUUCUACUUGCAACUUUUGGUGCUAAUGGCAGGAUCUGAAACAGCCAAGACAACAGCUGUCAACAACACCAUCAACAACACCAUGCCUCAACCAACCAAACCAAUGGUUCGAAGGUUUGUUGGAGUCAGGCAAAGACCCUCGGGAAGAUGGGUGGCAGAAAUCAAGGACUCAUCUCAACGUGUGAGACUGUGGCUAGGGACUUAUGAUACUCCUGAAGAAGCUGCUAGAGCUUAUGAUGAAGCAGCUCGUGCUCUACGUGGGGAAAAUGCUAGAACCAAUUUUGCAUCGGUUAAUCAUAGUUUGACACAGUCAGGUUCUUCUCCUUCUAAUGGAGGUUUUAUGUCCCAAUCUGAUGGGCGGCAUGGACUUAGUUUCUCUUCAUUGAAGGCCAAAUUGAGCAAGAACCUACAAAGUAUCAUGGCUAGGACAACCGAAAACAAGUCGACAAAAAGUAGAGUGAGUGACCACUUCACUUUUGCCAGUAUAUUCCACUUCAGAAACUACCAAUACCAGAACCCAGUUGACAUGAAGAAUAUUGAAAAAGUGGUGCAACCAAGCAUCAUUGUGCCCUAUGUGGCCGAUGAGCCACCCUCCUUUUCUAAUUGGGACAGCUCCAGCGUUUCAGAUUGUAGCAAUGAAUGGAUUGGGCUUCGGCAACAUGGGUUGGAUUCAGAUGGCUCAGAUAUUGGAGAAGUGAGUUUUGGUGAUCAAGGAUUUGCUGAUGAAAUGAUGGGGUGGAUCGAUAGCCCAGAGAUUAGUCCUAGAAUCAAUGCUACUGAUCAUGAUCAUGGUUCAAGGAGCAAGAGGUUCAAGGUUUCUUCUUCUGUGGUGGUUCCUCCAACUUUUACUGGGUCCACCUGCAAUAGAGACAAUUAA